AUGCUCGCCGAUCCCUCAAAAAAAUACAAACCGUACACCCCCCUCAACCUUACUGACCGCCAAUGGCCCUCUAAAGUCGUCAAGAAGCCGCCGAUCUGGCUGUCGACUGACCUGCGCGAUGGCAACCAGGCCCUCGCUAACCCGAUGACCAUCCCGCAGAAGACGCUUUUCUUCCACACUCUCCUCAAAUGUGGCUUCAAGGAAAUCGAGGUUGCAUACCCAGCCGCGAGCGACACCGACUUCAACUUUGUGCGCGGCCUCAUCGAGGAGGGUCAGGUGCCGGACGAUGUGUGGUUGCAGGUCCUGACUCCCGCACGCGAAGACCUCAUCAAGCGUACCGUCGAAGCGGUCGCCGGCGUCAAGCGCGCCAUCAUCCACAUGUACAAUGCAACAUCGUGCACCUUCCGCGAGGUAGUCUUCCGCAACUCUAAGGAGGAGACAGUCGCGCUCGCUGUGAAACAUGCCAAGAUCGUCCGGCAGCUAACAGAGGAGUGCACGGCGAAGCAUGGCACACUCUUCCGGUUCGAGUACAGCCCAGAGAUGUUCACGCAGACUGAGCCAGAGUUCGCUUUGGAAAUCUGCGAGGCUGUAAAGGCUGCGUGGGGCAGAGCGGGAACGGCGCCGAUGGAUCGGAUCAUCUUCAACCUGCCCGCGACUGUCGAGAUUGCUCCACCAAAUCACUAUGCUGACCAGAUCGAAAACUUUUGUCGUAAUAUCUCUGAACGGGAGAAAAUCAUUGUCAGUCUGCAUCCGCAUAACGAUCGCGGCCAAGGCAUUGCUGCUGCAGAGCUGGGUCUGCUUGCAGGUGCCGACCGCAUCGAAGGCUGCCUGUUCGGCAAUGGCGAGCGGACGGGUAACGUCGAUCUCGUCAACCUCGCGCUGAACCAAUACACUCAGGGCAUCAAUCCCGGUGUCGACUUCAGUGAUAUCCAGGCAGUGAUUGAUAUUGUAACACAAUGCAAUGACUUGCCCGUACACCCUCGCCAUCCGUACGCUGGAGAGCUUGUCUUCACCGCUUUCUCGGGCUCACACCAGGACGCCGUCAAGAAGGGCUUUGAGGCGCAGCGGAUACGACACGCGAAGGCUGCUGCCACUGGCGAGCCUCAAUACUGGGACAUGCCUUACCUACCGAUCGACCCUGCGGACCUGGGUUGCAACUACGAGGCAGUCAUCCGUGUCAACGCCCAGUCUGGCAAGGGCGGCAUCGCAUAUCUCGUCCAACAGCACUUGCAGCUGGACAUGCCCCGAAAAAUGCAGAUCUCGUUCUACCAGAUCAUCCAGGAGAUUGCGGACCGCGAGGCGCGCGAGAUGACCGUGGAGGACAUUACGGAGGCCUUCCGCACCACGUACCACUAUGGCGGAUCGAAGUACGAGGGCCGGCUGGUGCUAAAGUCUUUCCGAAUCUCCGCAGAGCCCUCUGCGGACCUCGUGACCAGCGACGAGGCUGCCGAUGAGCGACGCCAGUUCGACGGCACUAUCAGCGUCGACGGCGUCCUGCGUGUCAUCCGGGGAGACGGGAACGGGCCCUUAUCCGCGCUGCUCGAUGCACUCCGUACGCACCUCGAGAUCGACUACUCGAUCCGCGAGUACACGGAGCACGCGGUAACGCAGAGCCAGAACGCCAAGGCUGCCUCGUACGUCGAGCUCGUCCCGUCCGCGCCGGACGUCAAGGGUACCCGUCGCUCCGCCGAGUCGUGGUGGGGCGUCGGUGUCGACUCGGACAUCGCAGGCUCCGGCUUACGUGCGGUACUGAGCGCGGUGAACGCCGUGAUCGGCACGCGCGAACUGCCCGAGCUCAGGCUGAGCGUCGGGUACAGUGCCAAGUCCGGGCAGGCUGACAUUGCGUCCGUGGUCCUCAACUCGCUGCACCUCGAGCUCCCGCGUCGCCUGCAGGCAUCGUUCUUCGAGGUCGUGCAGCGCGCGGCGCGCGAGUCCGGCGGGGAGAUCUCGUACUCGGACCUCAUCGCGCUCUUCCGCGAGACGUACGGGUACGAGGUGCCCGACCGCGAGGGUCGCUUCGUCAUGAAUAGCUUCCACAUGGACAACCUCCUCGAGAGCGGUCGCAAGGAGCUCACGGGCGAGUUCGUCAUCAACGGCGAGCUCCGCCAGGUCUCCGGCCAGGGCAACGGCGCCUUAUCCGCGGCCCUGGAUGCACUGAACCAGCACCUCUAUGGGAAGGUCGGUAUCCGCGAGUACUCGGAGCACUCGAUUGGUGAGGGCACGGAGGUGAAGGCAGCAUCAUACGUCGAGCUUGCGUAUGAGGCGGACGGAGGUGCAGUGAGGUUCAACGCCUGGGGCGUUGCAACAGACACGGAUAUCGCUGCAUCAGGCUUGAAGGCUUUGUUGUGUGCGGCAGGCAGGAUUGACCUCAUGACGCGUCGAUAG